GAAAACAUUCUCAGUGUGGUCGAUGAAGCGGUGAGAGGAGGUCGUGUAUUUAAUUCCAUCCCAGAAUGGAUUCGGCAUUACGUGAACAGGUCAUGAUAAACCAGUUUGUAAUGGCUGCAGGGGCCACGAGAGAACAGGCGAGACAGUUGUUACAGUCAGCUCACUGGCAGUUUGAGACGGCACUGAGCAUAUUUUUCCAAGAGGCGGUGCCCAAUGGCGGAGCAUCGCAACAUCACCUCAAUCACCUGUGCACACCUGCCAACACACCUGCCACGCCCCCCGCCUUCCCAGAUGCGCUGGCAGCCUUCUCGAAGAUGUCAACUCAGGAUAAAUUGUCCACGUCGCCCUCAGGUGGCUUUUCCCCCCCUCCAGCGCAGUUCCAGCAGCCGCAGUUCCAGGCGCCCCUUUCUCAGCCGCCCUCCAUGGUCAUGCAGCAGCAGCUUCCACAGCAAUCGCAGCCUAGACAGAUAAUUGCAAACAAUGUACACAUCAAUGCACAAAGAUAAGCAAGGCAAUAAGUGACAAAUAUUUUCUAGUAACUGCAAGAAAGAUAGAACAUUAGAUAGAAGAAAAAAAAAAAAAAAAGUUGAAAGGAAAAGAAUUAUGAGAAAUACAAAUAUAAAAGACUUUCAUAACAGAUGUGAGAGAUUUCCUUCCUCCCCCACCCUCCCAACCCCCCCAAAAUACAAAAAAUAGAUAUAAAAAAGGAAAAAAAUAAGUGGUUGAUGAUGACUGAUGGAUGUUUAGUUUAGUUGCGUUGCAAUGGCCGGGUCAGAGACACAGGUGUGCUUCGAGUGGCCUCUGAGAGCAAGUGACGGGGAUGAGGAGGAGGCACCAACAACAACAACAACAACAAACAACAACAACAACAACAACAACAACAACAACAACAACAACAACAACAACAACAACCAGCACUUGUGUAAUGCUUUUGUGAUGAGAUGUUGAGUCAUUGUGUUAAUUUAUGAAAAGUCGGUGAAGAUUGUUACCCUUAACCUUUUUUUUUUUUUUUUUAUAGGUUACUAUGCAGCCUUGCUGUAUAGUUAUAUAAAAUGCUAAAUACUAUAAAGUUUUGUAACAACAUUUUCUGGUCCUGUUUUUUUUAAUAUCACUUUUUCCUUAAGCCUUGUUGUCACUUUCUUUGGUAUAUAAUGUUUUAUCAUUAUUAUGACUAUUUUUCCUGUUGUGUUCCUUCAUCUUUGGUUGUAAAGGAGGAAAUUGUAAAUGCUAAUUUGCAUAAAUUGUAGUUAUUUGUUAUCACUGAAGUAUAAAUGAAGGCAUUGGUUGGAAAGCUCUUGUCCUGUUUUUAUUUUUUCUAAAUUAAAGUUUGUGAGAGGAAAUUUGGAAAGAAAAGAACUUUGUUAUGAAAAAGGAAAAUUUUUAAGGGAAAAAUGAUAGAAGAAAAAGAACACAGUUUUUUAAGGAGUGCCUCUCUGUAACUUUUGUUUUCUUUUUCUUUUUUUUUAUUUAUUUUUGUUUUUUUUAAUUGCUUCUUAUGCAGCCAACACCUAUGAAAAUACAAAGUGCUUCCUUAUUUUUUUAUUUUUCUCUUUGUUAUUUUUAUUUUUUUGUGUUGAGGAAAGGCAGUUUUAGAGGUAAUAACACAAAUUGACCUUGGUAGCCAAAUGUACAAAUGUGAAUAUUGUUUUUAUAGAAAUUCUUUUAAAUGUGAUUGGAAUAUAAGCCUUACUUAUUUUUUAUUUUGCAUCUUCACCUUUUUUUUUAUGUCAACAAAUAUUUUUGAAAAAGGCAGUAGCUGUGCUUAUAUUACCUAUAAAAUUGUGAAAUCUAUAUCAACUGAAUGUUUAUGUAUUGUUUUAACACUAAAAAAUUAGUAAAAAAAUGGAAAAGUAAACUCUGAAUAUCUUUAGAACGAUUAUUAGUUAAGAAUGAAUAAUUAUUUCAUUAUACGUGAUGUGAUUGAAAACGGCAAACAAAAAAACAAACAAAAAAAAACAAAAAACAAAAAAUCAAGUGAAAAGAUAAGAAUGGCAAUGGAUAUUGAUUGUGAAAGUGAAGAUUCGUAUUCUUUCUAAUUUUCACCCCUUUUUUUUUUUCCCUUUCCGCAUGUUAAUUUUCUCAAUAUUUAAUCUCGCUCGUAAGAAGAGGAAAUGUGUUGGUUGCUUUCUUAGCUCAUUUCUUUCAUAAUAAAUGGAUUCAGGCAGAGAGGAAAUCAGAGUUAGCUUUUGUUUGAAUCAUUGUUUCCCUGCAUGAUUUGAGAAGUACAACCACAAGCAUUUUGGGUCAUGCGUUAGAGUUGCAUUUUUCACGAAUGUGUCAAAAGGUUUCGAUGUCCAGAGUUGCUAUGGUUGUGUAAAGCCUUAUGUUAUGUCUUGUUUAUGUUGAGAAAGGAAGGCUGCUCCAUAGUGUCCAGGACCAAUGUGUUAUUAUUAUUGAUUUUAUUUUUUUGUUAUUAUUAGUAUUAUUAUUGUUACUUUUUUUGGUUUUUUUUCUUGGGGGAUGCUUCUUGAACUAAUGGGAAAUUCAUGUACUCAUGGAUACAGCUUUUAGUUUUACAAAUAACGUGUUUCUCGGUGAAAUAUGUAAUUUUGCUUUUAUUUAUUGAUUCAGAUAUUUUAUGGAGUAGGAGCACGUCAUGUUAUUUUAUUUGAAUUGUCAGAAGAUUAGGUUAAUUUUUUGUAUGUAAUAUAGUUCCAAUGCCACUUCAAGAGACGUGUGUAGGGUGGACAUUGCUCGGCUGUUUUCCUGUUAGAUUCCAUCUUGCAUCUUGAUUUGGUAACAAAUAUUUAUCAGUUGUUAAUAAUUUUGUCCUAACUUCCCCCCCCCCCUCCUCUCUCUCUCUCUCUCUCUCUCUCUCUCUCUCUCUCUCUCUCUCUCUCUCUCUCUCUCUCUCUCUCUCUCUCUCUCUCUCUCUCUCUCUCUCUCUCUCUCUCUCUCUCUCUCUCUCUCUCUUUCUCUCUCUCUCUCUCUCACUCAUUUUUGUUUUGGCUUCGUUGAAAAGGACAAUUUCAACAGAGAAAGACUGAAGUGUUUUAGUGAUUUGUAUUGUACGUACGAUGUAGUGGAUUCACAAAAUUGGGGAAACAAUGAAGGAGUCUUUGUGUCGAAGCACGAGCCAUUCGAAGCAAAUCACCUGUUACAAGAGAAUGAGAUUGUAUCUUCCUUUGUGUUUUACUGCGGUUUCUGGUCACAAACAGUUUGCAUACAUUUUGUUAGAGUUGAUGUUAGACUCUGUCACUACUACUAGAAUCUGGUUACUAGAAUUGUUUUUCAUAUUGUAGUUUGUAUGUUAUUCUUAGUACCUAAUGAUGCUCAAUGUUAAUGAUGAAAGUGUAAGAAAACUACAGUUAUUGAAUAUAGUAAAUUUUACAAAGCAAACAUACAGUCGGUUUCCUUUUUGUAAGUAUUAUGCCAUGGGUGGAUGAAAUUAUGGUAAUAUUAUGGUAAUAUAAUAUUAAUAAUUCUGUUAACAUGAAUUAACAAAAGGUAUUACUGUCUUUUUUUUUCUCCAUUUUUUUGUGAGAAAAGGUUGGUUAGAUUUUCAAACACAAUAGUACUGCAUUACUAUUAUUUUCUAAUGAAAUGUCUCUUGCAUUGUGAAUAUUAAUGCAGUCUCUUGCAUGGUUUAACAAGUGGAUUUGUGACAUAUUUGUUGCAGCAAUAUAAGGGAAACAUUGCAAAUAGUAUGUUAGGCCACUAGAGGUAUUUUCAUGCUAAGGCAUAAACUUACUUGUAUCCACACUUUGAAAAUAGAAAAUGUUUGUCAGUUACUAUUCUACAGUUUAUGUCAUGUAUAUAAAUGUAUGAUAGGCCAGAAUGUUAGGGAUGAAGAGAGGAAUAUUAAACAAGUCAUUUCUGUCACAGGCUACUUUUGAACAAUUAAUUAAACCAGAGUAGCCAUGAUAGAAAGCAGUCCCAGUUCAAGAUAUUCAUUUUAGAAUAUCGACCACAUAUUAUUGGCAGGAGUUUUCCAAAGUGUCUACGCGAUGAACUCAAUUUAACUGAAAACCCACAAUUGACUUCCGCCACUUCUUUCCAGGGAGUCAGAAGGUCGACUUGGUUAAUCACACAUGGAGUAUAAGUGUUUUGUAAUUUUUUUAUCAGCUGUUAUUUCAGUACAUUUUUUUUUUCUUUCUUUUUUUUUUUUUUUUUUUUUUUUUUAAGUAUUUAAAUAAAUUAUGGUUUAAAAAAAAAUAUUGUGGUGUGCAAACCAUGGUGUCAUCACAGUACAUCACUCUCCAUCUUGUGAAGAAGUUUCUAGUAAGUGCAACUAGGUAUUAUAUUCUCCUAAUGUGCUCCUUUUAAUGGAGUAUGUGUCAAUGUGUAUCAUAGAUUUCAGUUUAUUAAAAAUGAUGUAUAGAAA